AUGGGCCCUGUGUCGGAAUUGAUCUCCGAGGGUCUGUCUUCGCCGGAAGCAUCACCAUCAUAUCGCAGCACGGAAUCGUGCCAGUCAUCAAGUCCGGAGUUAAAAUUCUCAAUUCAGAAUAUUUUGCGCCCAGAUUUUGGCAAACAUGAACCAGUAGCAGCAACCCCAAAACCGUGCACAUCAACAACACCGGAUAAUAUGAAUGUGGCAUUUCCGGCGUGGAUAUAUUGCACUCGCUAUUCGGACCGUCCCAGUUCCGGUAAUUUUUCUCAGACAUCUGAACAGAUUUUCACUAAAACUAUAAUUUGCCACAUCGUGUAUUUUUGA